UCGUAACGGAUAGUUUCCUUUCCAAACGAUCAAUUAUAAUCAAGAAGCGUCUCCCAAAUCUUGCAUUUCUUCUCGUAUCUUCUCAGAGUGGACUAACGGUUCUUCUCCAUCUCCGAUUCAUAUCUGAAAAACACAUUUUCUCUUCUCCAAGACUAUUCUUGCUACUGAUCGGUCUAUCAUCCUUUCUCUCAAGCGUUUUGCUUUCGUACCGCUCAGUCUUCGGUUCGCGCCCGUUUUAUCAUCAGAUCUGUGAAGUCCCGCCAUGGAUUUAGGCUGCUUGGAUUUAGGUUGCAUUUCUGUUUUAGACAAGCAAAACAACGAUUUUCUUGUUGACUCAGAUAGAAAAGAUGGCGACGUGGAAGACUCUGCAACAGCAACCGGGAAGGUCGGAAAGAAUAGAGUUUCAAAAGAUAUUGGUCAAACACUAAAUGCUGUCAAUAAAUCAACAUCCCACAUAAAGAAGCCUCCUCACAGAAGGAAUUCUUCUCCACUUAACUGGUUCCCUAGGAAAAAGACAGAUUCUUACUUGAAUAGGAAAAUAAAGCUCCUGCAGGAAAUAGGGGGCAUGAAUUCAACUCUUGAUGAGACUUUGGGUAAUUCAAAUCUUCAUUACUGUAGAGUAGAGAGAGAAAAGAUUGCAGCUAGAGAAGCAGCACAGAGGGUCAUGGAGGCUCGUAAAGCUGCAAUGGUGGAAGCAUCUUGGUGUAGAAUACUUCGAGCUGCCAGAAUCCAGAGCAAAGAAGCAGAGGCCUUUUUGCUUAAAGCAGAGAAAGGUGUAGUUGAAGCCUUUGAAGCAGCAAAAGCAAUGGGAGUGAUCAUGUAUGAGAGACAAGAUUGCCCUUGGAAGCCAUGUGAAAUAGAGUCAUCUUCAGUAAACAAAGGAGGAUCUACCACACAUACUGUUACGGCAUCUUUUGAAACAGCAUUUGAGGUAGACAAAGAAGUUGCAGCAGCUGUCAAGACUGCAUUAAUUAGGCUUGCACAUUGCCCCUCUUCUCUAACUAAGGAUGAUAUCAAAGACCUACUGUGGAAGAUCAGUCAAAAUCCAGAUACAAAUGAGACCAACCAAGAAUUAUCAGAAUUUUCAUCAGAAUGUGAAGCAGAUAAUGAUUCUGGACUGGACUCAGGGUCUCAAGAAGAUGGUGUUGUUUCUCAGUGUUCAAAUUCGAAGAUUCCAGGCACAAAAUUAAGACAAAGAAAGAGUAAGAACAAGCAAAUUUCACCAAAUAUUAAUACCACAAAACUUGUUGAUUUGAUGCUCAACAGGCUCAAAUGUUUACAAGAAGAUGAGCUGGCUUCUCUUGCCACCAUAGUUGCUACCUGUGGCUUGAAUGCUGCUCUGCUUGAAGUGGAAAAUAGUAAGCAGCAGAAUCCAGAAUUUGGCACUGAAACCAUGGCUCCUAUUGUUACUUUUGGCAGAAAUACGGGGGUUUUUCGACGCUCUAACAUGGAGCACGUCAUGGAUAGGGAGAUAAGAAGGAAACAGGUGGUGACAGAACUCCCAAGUUUAGACAAGUUUUUGGUUAAGCACAUGUCGAAGCUUGAAAGAGAGGUAGAAGAAGCCAAAAACAUGAGAAACAGUGAGUGUAAAGAAGGAUGCAGGAACAAUCCACAAGGAUCAGAGGACACGGCAGACAAUUCAAACAGGACUAUCACUUCAUCUGAGGCUAUCACAGAUUUGGGAAGUAUUCUACUAAAGCAUUCCUCUAAGCUACAGAAGGAGAUUGAAGAGGAAAAAAAGAAGUUAGCAACAGAAUCUGGGGUUAAUGACAAGAAGGGAAACAAGCAAGAUAGAUUGAUCCAGCAAAGAAAAAAAGAUGUUUCAGAUGUCCCUAGUCUAGACAAGUUUCUGGUGAAGCAUGUGUCAAGACUUGAAAGAGAGGUUCAAGAUGCCAGGAACAUGAGAAAAACUGACCAACUAGUGGGAGGCAACAGCAAGGUUAAUGACAAGAGUCUGGCUUUGCCUAAGGUUGUCAAAGAGUUGGAUGAUACAGUAGGGCAAGCGGGCAAAGAAAAUAUAGAUUCCAACGAAUCAGUGGAGAAAUUGGAAUUACUGUCGUCACUUCAAGGUGGAAAUGGAAUAAAAGAGACAGACAAUGGCCUAGAUAAGAUACUGGUGAAGCCUGUGCACAGGUUGGAAAGGGAGAAAAUGCAAGCAUUAGCAUUGGGAAUGGAUUAUGUUAAGAGAAAGCAGAAAAAACAAGGAAGCAGCGAUGCUACAGAUUGUGAGAGCUUGGACAAAGUCUUGGCGAAGCAUGUACCAAGACUCGAGAAAGAAAAAAUGGGGUUAGGUGUGAGGGAAGAAGUGAUCAUAUUGAAGAGGAGGAGGGAGCCAGAGCUCGAGAAAAGUGAGGGCGGUUUGGAUCAAAUAUUGGUGAAACACCAGUCAAGACUUGAGAAGGAGAAGUUGGCUGCUACUCAGCAAUCUGGGGGAGAUCACACUAAACAUUUAGAGGCACGUCGAGAAGCAAGGGAGAGAGAAUUGCAAGAGGCAUGGGGAGGCUUGAGCUUAGGGAAUUCUAUACGCCCUCGUCUCUCGAGACUUGAGCGAGACAAGGCUGCUUGGAUAAAAGCUGAAGAAGAGGAGCAAAAGCAAUCUAGGGCGGAGCUCUAAAAAUGUCGAGAUAAUUGACCCAAAAGCUCUUUUAUAAUAAAACGUAUAUUCUCGCUUCUUCAACCCUCUUUCCCUACUAAACUGUUCGCACCUUUCAGAAGCCUGGCUUUUGAUUAAACUACUAAAAAAUUGAGAUAUAACCAGCCCAUGGGUGAUCGGAAUUGUUUUAGGCUUUUAGCAGAACAAAGCAAUGUCGUUAUUAAUUUCCAAUAGGAUGUAUGCGCACCUUAAUCUA